GUAUCGACUAUGAAGUAUUUCUAACGAAUCCUGUAACAAUGUAGUGGCUCAUAAGAAACAAUUUGGGAACUUCGAAACAUCGUUACGUUCCUGAUUGAAAUGGAUUAUGAACUAUAGUUUAUUCGAAAGUUCGUCCAGUCCGCGCAAUGUGAACCACGCCGACAUGUCCAAGUACGACGUAAACGUACGUUGUACGUUAGUGAUGUUAUGAACAGUGUACAUUAAUUGCUUGUAUACAUUUUCAUGUAACGCAUUGUGAAAUGAUUUCAAAUAAUUCUGAACAGUAGAAAGUUCAAAGAUGCGCAACACAUGCAAACUCUUACGAGCACGGAGUCUUUGAAAUUUGUUGGUUACGAAGAAGGUUAAGCCGUUUGUCAAGCUUAGAAAAAUACGAAUCUUGCAUGGACUGCGGAGAGGUAUAAAAUGUCUUUUCUACGCGGAUCUGCGAAUUUCGUCUGGUGCACGACUAGUGUUCUUGGCAAGGGUGCGACUGGUGCAGUUUUUCAAGGUGUAAAUAAAAGUAAUGGAGAACCCGUCGCAGUUAAAACUUUCAAUCAGCUGAGUCAUAUGCGCCCGCACGAUGUACAAAUGCGAGAAUUUGAAGUUCUUAAGAAAGUAAAUCAUGAAAAUAUUGUUCAAUUAUUGGCAAUCGAAGAGGAACAAGAUUGUCGUGGUACUGUGAUUGUUAUGGAACUAUGCACAGGAGGCAGUCUUUUCAACAUUCUGGAUGAUCCAGAAAACACUUACGGACUAGCAGAAAGCGAAUUUCUGUUGGUCUUAGAACAUUUAACAGCUGGAAUGAAACAUUUACGUGAUAAUAAUUUAGUACAUCGAGAUUUAAAGCCAGGCAAUAUAAUGAAAUUUAUUGCUGAUGACGGUAGUACAAUUUAUAAGCUCACUGACUUUGGCGCUGCUAGAGAGUUACAAGAAGAUCAGCAAUUUGUAUCUCUUUAUGGUACUGAAGAAUACUUGCAUCCAGAUAUAUAUGAACGUGCAGUUUUACGUAAACCGGUUGGAAAGACAUUUGGAGCAACUGUAGAUUUGUGGUCUAUAGGUGUAACGUUGUAUCAUGUUGCUACAGGAAAUUUACCGUUUAGACCAUUUGGCGGGCGUAGAAAUAAAGAUACAAUGUUUUAUAUUACUACAAAUAAAGCCUCUGGUGUCAUAUCGGGUGUACAGACCUCAGAAAAUGGACCUAUAAAUUGGGGCAGAGAAUUGCCACUAAACUGUCAAUUAAGCGUUGGUUUAAAAAUAAUUGUAACUCCAUUAUUAGCCGGCUUGCUAGAAGUUGAUCCCCAGAAAAUAUGGAGCUUCGAAAGAUUUUUUACUGAAGUUACAGACACUCUUUCCAAAAAACGUAUACAUAUAUUUAAUGUACACAAAGGCAGCUUGAUAAAAGUUUUCUUGCAUCCUGAAGAAAAAUUGACAGCACUUCAAUUACAUGUUCAAAAUCAAACUGAUAUCGCUCCACAUGCUCAGAUAUUCCUCUUUGGAGAUGCAUUUUUAACAAACAUUGUCGAAGAGUCCACUCCUGGGAGAGGUUACCCAAACACAUCCGAAGACAAACCAUUGAUGGUGUUUUCCAAGGAAAAUAAUAAUGUCAUUUUGCCAGUGGAUUCAGAAUUACCUAAAUUUCCAGUAUUUGCAAACUUGGUAUCGGUAGAAAAUGAUGCGACUCAAGCAAAGGUAGCUUGUUCUGUUGGAUAUGUGUGUAAAAGAAGAAUUGAUAAAUUGGUGUUGUGUAGCAAGUUGUCCCAAGAUGCAAUAGAGGCUUUUAGCGGACUUGUUUCAAUGGAACUUACAAGAUUGUUAGAGAAAUGCCAGCAUUGCAAGGAAUUCACGAAAGCUGUAGAAGAUACAGCAAUAGCAGUGGAAAGAAGUGAAAAUCUUGCGCGGCAAAUUUCCAGGAAAUUAGGCAAUCAAAAUAGUUUAGAAAUAAAAAAUUGGAAAAAGGAGCUAGAUUUAAAGAGUAAAGAACUUCUAACUGAAUUAGCGCCCGCGGUAGUACAGCUUCAUCAGAGGUAUGUAAAAGAAGGCAGUUUACGUGGCGAAUGGGACAAUAUUAUUCGUGGAUUGUGGUGUCCAUGGGCCAAUAAAGCAACGCAAAAAGCAGCAACUUUGGUCGAUCGUUUACGAGAUGGUUGGCAACAUUUAUUAAGAGACAGAGCUACACGCAGUCUCACGUAUAACGAUGAGCAAUUCCAUGUUUUAGAACGAAUAAAGGUUACAGAAACGGGUCAAAGAAUAAAGAAUCUUCUUGAAACGUUUUGUACACCAUCGAUGAUAAGUCGAUCCGAAUGUGUUGCCGAUUGGUACAAAAUGGCGCAAACAGUCUUCUUACAAACUCAAAUUUUAGAUAAGGAUGUAGGCAAUUACGAACAUAUAUUAGAAACAUAUUCAUGUCGCCUAUCGUACGAAAGUAAAGAACGAUAUGAAAACUUUUUACAUUUAAUAGACAGAUUUCCAGGAAAGUUAAAAACUAUUGAAAAAACUAAUUUACCUGCUCAAGAAAGUACAAAAGCAUGGAAAAAUAUUUGCGUCGCGCAAGAACGAAAUGCAAUGAUUUUACAUAGAAAUGGACAGCUUAUAGAUCAACUUGAUCGUUUGUCAACACUUGACGGUCUAGAGGAUACAGACGAUUCGACUUGAUGCAGGUUUUGAUAUCGAGUUUGUUGUUGGAGGAAUUGCCGCUAAACGUUUUUGUAAAGUUGCAUAUGCUUCACUUUGAGGAAGAAUCAUGAGAAGACCAUAAAGGGCAUACACUAAGGCAUCAUUUUCUUCUCUUUCGAGCAGUUGUAAUCGUAAAUCUGAAAAAUGUUUUUGUAUGAAUUACGAACGUAAAUAGGAAAUAAUUUAAUCUACUUACAGUUAAGUAAUAUUAAAAAUAUAGCGAAUUGGUGUUCAGAAACAUUAAAUAGGAAAUUGCAUAUACUGUAAUGCAUUGGAUAUUGGCCGACGUUCGGGGACCGAACUGGCCAAAAUUGAAAGGAGAUAGAUUCAGGAAUUCCCGCGUGUCUUUUCACUAUAAAAGCCCGUCUAUGAUGACGAACAAUUGUCACAUUUAGGGCAUUGUUUAGCAAAUCACUAUUUGCGGACGAUUGCUUGUCAGUCUAGACGGGCCUUAAGUGUACAAGUUGAACAGUUUCUUUAAUAGAUUUCCUAGUAUCUCCAUCGUAUGCUAAACAAGGUAAAACUGCUAUAAGAAUACCAGACAUAUAAGGAAGCAUAAGGGGCCCUGAUAACUGCACAAAUUCCUUGAUCCAUGGAAGUCAACCCUUCCAGGAUUAGCCUUUAUACUGCGUAAAAAUUCACCAAGAACUGUGUCUGUAACUUUUUUUAUUUCUGGUGUUGGAUCUUCUAAUAUUCUAAAUAAAC